UUCGGCGGUUCCUCGGCUGCGCUGUGGCAUAGGCACAGUGAGGCGACGGUGAGGGUUGAAUGUCGGCCUCUUCACAGGGUCGCCUCCUUCGUCUUCUGGCUCACAACCUCAACUCCCCAUCUGCCUGCAAACUCUGCCCUCUCUCCCCCUCCCUCCUCAUUACCCUCCUCCGCCUCCGCCGCCUUCCCUCGCCUCCGGCUCCGAUCCUCGCCUUCCCCCUCCACCGCUCCUUUGCUGCCUCCUCAUCUUCGCCCACUCAGAUGCCUCGCCGGGGAAAACAGACCACGAGAUGGAAGGAGAAGCAGCGGCCUGUUGCAGCUGUCACAGACGCAACGGGGUCGGCUUCUCCCACAUCGGAAGAUGCUUCGUUAUCGAUUGCCAGUGGAAUUGGCAGGUUGAGCCUCGCUGAUAAUUUUGAAGCUCGUUCUGCUUCCAGGGUGUUGGGAUCGGGCGCAUCUCAAAUGCAGAACCGUGAACCUGCGAGCAGCCAUCCGCAGGUGAUGUGGAAGCCAAAAUCGUAUGUGACCGUGAGCACUCCGUUGGCUGCGCCAGAUGUGGUUGAUGUCACGAGCUCAGUGGCCGCGUCAUGUAAGGGAACGGCCAGUAUCGGAAACACCUUGGUGAAGUUGUUCAAGGGCCCGUUGGGAGCAGAUUUUAAUGUGGACAAUAACUCCUUCUCUCUGGCCCAAGUCAGAGCUACUUUUUAUCCAAAAUUCGAGAAUGAGAAAUCGGAUCAAGAGAUAAGAAUGAGAAUGAUAGAGAUGGUUUCUCAUGGGCAAGCUAUCUUAGAGGUCUCUCUCAAACACUCCGGAUCUCUUUUUAUGUACGCUGGCCAUGAAGGUGGUGCUUAUGCAAAAAACAGUUUCGGAAACAUAUACACUGCAGUUGGUGUUUUUGUCCUGAGCCGGAUGUUUGUUGAGGCAUGGGGUAAGGAAGCAGGAAAAAUGCAAGCACAGUUUAAUAAAUUCCUGGAGGAAAAUCGGAUCUGUAUAUCAAUGGAAUUGGUAACUGCUGUUUUAGGAGAUCAUGGACAGCGGCCUAUUGAUGACUAUGUUGUGGUGACUGCUGUUGCAGAACUGGGCCAUGGUAAACCUAAGUUUUACUCGACUCCUGAUUUAAUUGCAUUCUGUCGGCAAUGGCGUCUACCUACAAAUCAUGUUUGGUUGUUCUCAACAAGGAAGUCAGCCACAUCCUUUUUUGCUGCAUUUGAUGCCUUGUGUGAAGAAGGGACCGCAACACCUGUGUGCAAGGCUCUUGAUGAAGUGGCAGACAUUUCUGUUCCAGGGUCCAAAGAUCACAUAAAGGUGCAAGGUGAAAUUCUCGAAGGAUUGGUUGCACGUAUGGUCAGCUGUGAUAGCUCGAAACACAUGGAGAAAGUUUUGAAGGAUUUCCCUCCCCCAUCAUUAGAUGGAGUUGGACUUCAUAUGGGACCAACAUUGCGUGAAGUGUGUGCUGCAAAUAGGUCAGAUGAAAAGCAGCAAGUUAGAGCGCUUCUUCAAAGUGCUGGCACUUCUAUGUGCCCUGACCAUGCUGAUUGGUUUGGGAUUGGGGAUUCUGGUGUCCAUUCUCGUCAAGCUGAUCGAUCUGUUCUUUCAAAAUUUUUGCAAGCUCAUCCUACUGACCACGCAACAAUGAAGCUGCAGGAGAUGAUUCGUUUAAUCAAACAAAGGCAUUUUCCUGCUGCUUUUAAGUGCUACUACAACUUCCACAAAAUUGAUUCCUUGGCAAGUGACAACAUACAUUAUAAGAUGGUAAUCCAUAUCCACAGUGAUUCUGUCUUCCGCAGAUAUCAACAAGAAAUGAGGCGAAACAGAGGCUUGUGGCCACUGUACAGGGGUUUCUUUGUUGAUGUUAACUUAUUCAAGGUUACCAAGGAGAGAGCUGCCGAGCUCUCCAAAGAGGGUGAUUCUUUCCUUAAGAGUGUUAAUGGCAACCCCAAUUCUAGUUCUUUAAUGGCUGAAAGUCUUGCUGAUGAGGAUGCAAAUCUAAUGAUAAAGUUAAAAUUUCUGACAUACAAGCUACGAACAUUCUUGAUCCGGAAUGGAUUGUCAAUACUUUUCAAGGAUGGUCCUUCUGCCUAUAAAACUUACUAUUUAAGGCAGAUGAAAAUUUGGGGAACAUCAGUAGGUAAGCAACAGGAGCUGAGCAAAAUGUUGGAUGAAUGGGCUGUUUUCAUUCGGAGGAAGUAUGGCAACAAACAGCUGUCUUCUUCAACUUAUCUCAGUGAAGCAGAACCUUUCUUGGAACAAUAUGCUAGGCGUAGCCCACAAAACCAGGUAUUGGUUGGAGCAGCUGGAAAUUUGAUUGAUACUGAGAAUUUACUGGCAAUAAUAGAGGCAGGUAGAGAUGAAGAAGGUGAUCUCCAUAAAGAAGUGGAUGAAACACCUUCAAGACCGACUGCUUCAGUUAUGGACUCAGUUCCUAAAGAUGAAGGCUUAAUCGUGUUCUUUCCAGGCAUACCAGGCUGUGCUAAAUCUGCUCUUUGCAAAGAAAUACUGAAUAGUCCUGAUGCUCUUGGUGAUCAACGCCCUGUGCACAGCUUGAUGGGUGAUCUUAUCAAAGGAAGAUAUUGGCAAAAAGUGGCUGAUGAGCGAAAAAAGAGACCCUAUGCCAUAACUCUUGCAGACAAAAAUGCCCCAAAUGAAGAAGUGUGGAGGCAGAUUGAAGAUAUGUGCCGAACAACAAAGGCCUCAGCUAUUCCUGUCAUUCCUGAAUCAGAAGGGACUGAUUCUAAUCCAUUUUCUCUUGAUGCUUUGGCUGUCUUCAUAUUUCGUGUACUACAACGAGUAAACCAUCCGGGAAAUUUGGACAAGGCAUCUCCAAAUGCAGGUUAUGUGUUGUUAAUGUUUUAUCACCUCUAUGAUGGCAAGGAUCACAGGGAUUUUGAAAGUGAACUGUAUGAGCGAUUUGGCUCAGUGGUGAAGAUGCCUUUGCUUAAACCAGAUAGGAAACCCUUACCAGACUCAGUAAAGGAUAUAUUGAAUGAAGGCAUAAACCUUUACAGGCUUCAUACCAACAGACAUGGAAGACUGGAACCUGCCAAAGGUUCAUAUGCAAAGGAGUGGUCGCGCUGGGAAAAAAGGCUGAGAGAGAUUUUAUUUGGAAAUGCUGAUCAUCUGAAUGCGAUUCAGGUUCCAUUUGACUUUGCCGUAAAAAGAGUCCUAGAGCAAUUGAAAGAUGUGGCAAAAGGGGGGUUCAAGACGCCAGAGAGUGAGAAGAGAAAGUUCGGUAACAUUGUUUUUGCUGCCGUCACAUUGCCUGUGGAAGAAAUUAAAAGCGCCCUGGAUAAGGUGGCCUGUACAGAUGCAAAAGCCAAGGCUUUCAUUGAAGGCAAAAACUUGUCAAACAGCCUGAUGAAAGCUCAUGUAACGCUAGCCCAUAAAAGAAGUCACGGUGUCACUUCUGUUGCUAGCUAUGGUGUCUUCCUGAAGCAGAAUGUCCCAGUUGAUUUUACGGCAUUGCUAUUCUCCGACAAGCUGGCUGCUUUAGAAGUGCAACUGGGAUCAAUCAACAGCGAAAAGAUAGACUCUAAAAAUGAAUGGCCUCAUGCAACUCUUUGGACCGCACCUGGUACACCACCCAAAGAGGCAAAUACCUUGUCUCAUUUGGCUGCUGAGGGUAAAGCGACAAGAAUAGACAUCAAACCACAGAUCACAGUAAGUGGAGUGCUGGAUUUCUUUUGACUGCCCAACUACUCUCCUAGCAACCAUCAACGAGCAUCCGAUCAAAGAGUAUUUAGUAUUUAGUUUGAGAAAUUGGCCAGAUGAGUGAGGUUUCCCAUGCAUUCUGUACAGAAUAUGCAAUAAAAAAACUUGGGACAGAAGCGUCGUUUUAGAUAGGAAAUGCACGAGAGAUUUUACCGACGUGCUCUUGUGCUUUCUUCCUCCCUUAGGGUUUUUGACAUUCUUUUGAGGGUGCGUUAUGUUAAAUAAGUUAAUUAAAAUUGUGUUGCAUUUUGAUACGUCCAACCUUUUAUCCUAUGUGGCUUGAUGUAAAAUUUAUGAAAGAGUGCACUUGAAAUGGAGUUUGUACAGUCUGCACGGUUUGAACUCUA